AAAAUUCAACCAGUGAAGCCAAAACCCCAUCUCCUGGGUCAGAACCAAUUUUGAUUGCAAACGUUAAACCCUCCCUCUUCACUCUGUAUCAAUGGCGAAACCUAUCAUCUCUUCAAUCUUCCUCCCACAUCUCCACUGCACCACCACCCAAAAACCACCAUCUCUUCAUCUCCCAAACAAGAGAAACCCGUUAAUAAUCCGUGCCAGUUACGAGGUCGGAGGAGGCUACACGCAGGAAGAACUGGAGGCACGCGAGAGAGGCAGAACCAGACCCAGACCACAACAAUCAUCAAAGGAUGAAACAAACACUUGGGGUCCUGAACAGUAUGAAGCUCUGUUAAAAGGCGGUGAACAAGUUACUUCUGUUCUUGAAGAAAUGGCUAAUCUUUUAGAAGAUGACCAAAUGGACGAAGAAUCCGAAGAGUUAGCAGUGCUGUUGGCUGCACAAGGUGUGAUCGGAAAACGAGUUGAUCAGAUGGAAGCAGGCUUUAUGAUGGCCCUAGAUUACAUGAUCCAACUCGCUGAGAAAGACGAUGACGACAAGCGCAAGUCUCUUUUGGAAGUAAUCAAGGAGACCGUACUAUCCCAUCUCACCAAAAAAUGCCCGCCACAUGUUCAAGUUGUCGGGCUGCUAUGCAGAACCCCACAAAAAGAAAGUAGACAUGAAUUGCUCAGGCGAGUGGCGGCAGGCGGUGGUGCGUUCGAAAGUGAAAACGGUGCAAAAGUUCAUCUUCCAGGGGCGAAUCUAAAUGAUAUAGCUAAUCAAGCUGAUGACUUAUUAGAGACGAUGGAAAGUCGGCCUGUUGUUCCUGACAGAAAGCUGCUGGCAAGACUCGUUUUAAUCAGAGAAGAAGCCCGGAGUAUGAUGGGCGGUGGAUUAUUAGAUGAAAGAAAUAAUCGUGGUUUAAGUACUCUACCUCGAUCAGAGGUCAACUUUUUGACUAAACUUGUUGCUCAGAAGCCUGGGGAACAGGUGCGCCAGAUGAUUAAGAAUGUGAUGUUAGGAAAAGAUGAAGGCGCUGAUAGAACCGAUGAAGAAGAGAGUAAAAGUGUAGGAACGUUUUCAAGUGGGAUUGCUGGAAAGAGUUCAAAACCAAAUCCAGUGCGGCCUGGCAUGUUUUUAGAAACGGUCUCUAAGGUGUUAGGUGGGAUAUAUGAUGGAAAUAUCUCUGGCAUCACUGCACAACAUCUUGAAUGGGUUCAUCAAAACACACUUCAAAUCCUUCAAGAAAUAGCAUUCUAAGGCCACAUGCAAAUAUGUCCAAAAACAAGUUCCAGAUAUAUACUAACGUGUGACCAACUAAGGUAAGGUUCGGUCAUAAUGAAAUUUGCCACGUCAUAGUGUCACAAAGCUCACUGAGCUAACCGAUAAAGCAAAUGGUCAGAUCAAAAGGGCGUACCGAGUGCAUCUGCGAGUAAUAUCUGACAAUCUGCUCUAUUUUGAGAGAGGACGAUGCUACAAAAUGUUAUGUUAGUCAAUCUGUCUCUAGGAUGAUAUUUGAUAGUUUUAAAUAAAUAAAUAGCAUGUGAAGUUUAAUCUACGCCAUUAUUGUAACAAUUAUAGUUCAUGACUUGAAACAAGGCAUUUAAAUUUUAUCACAAA